AUGCUGUCCCUCUCAGCCGUCCCCACAGCAGCGCUCACUGCCGGCAGAGCAGCUUCCGCUGCUUCCGCCUCCACCAGCUUCGCCCGCUCCGUCGUCCCCGCGCCUCUCCCCGCUCCCCUCUCCGCCGCUUCUCGCGCGGGUCGCACCCACCUCCUCCGCUGCCGCGCUGCUGCUGUCGAGGACGGAGCCGUGAAGGAGGUGCCAGUUGAGGCUGAGGAGCUGAGCAAUGGUGCAGCUGUGGCCGCACCGACAGUGGACGAGGUGCAGUCGCUGCUGAUGGAACUUUGCGACGAGACUCACAUCGCCGAGCUUAAGGUCAAGGUCGGCGCCUUCUCGCUGCACGUCAAGCGCGACGUGGACGGCAGCAUCGGGCAUGCCGUGGCUGCAGCUGAAGCCUCCGCCGCAGCCGCCGCCGCCCCGGUGGUGUACGCCGCGCCAGUGCCCGCCUUCCCCAUGGCGGAGUCCCUCCCCCCCGCCGCUGCCGCGGAGCCCGUGGCGGAGGUUGCUGCGGAGCCAGAGAAGCCCAAGGAUGAGGGGCUUGUCUAUGUCACGUCGCCGCGGGUGGGCAUCAUGCGACGUGGCAAGCUGUACAAGGGCAAGCACGGCCGACCAAUUGUGCUCGAGGGAGCAGUGGUGAAGAAGGGGCAGGCCAUGUGCUUCCUGGAGCAGCUCGGCACCAACCUGGCGAUCGAGACGGAGCAUGCGGGCACAGUGGUUGAUUUCCUGGUGGAGGAUGGAGUCCCCGUAGGCUACGGUGAGCCCCUGGCGGCCAUUCGCCCGUCUUUCCCCGGCAUCAUGAAGCUCACCUAA